AUGGCGACCAAUUUUAUAGGCGGGGUUAUAUCAAAGGUGUUAAGUGAGCAGUCUCUUAUCCGCAGGAUGGUUACUUGUGAAGAACUUUUGGCUGACCGGUAUUUCUCUACAGGGAAAAGGGAGGAGGAAGAGGACCCUGAUGACUCUCCGGAAGCUGGAGAACGGGAGUUCUGGACUUCCUGGGCUCUCUUUAUCCUUAUUAUGCUCUUGAUUACCGCGCUUUUCACUAGCUAUUUGCUCAAACAGAAGCGCAUCCAAGCAGUACAUGAAACGGUUUUGUCUAUAUUCGGUGGAAUGGUUGUUGGUCUGGUCAUUAGAUUUACACCCGGGACAUUGAUUCAGAAAUCAGUCAGCUUUGACUACCAGUUCUUUUUUAACCUUCUCCUUCCCCCUAUUAUAUUGGCGUCGGGCUACGAGCUGCAUCAGGGCAACUUCUUCCGAAAUAUCGGUAGUAUUCUUACAUUUGCCUUCGCCGGUACAUUCAUCUCUGCAUUAGUCCUGGGUCUCGUCUUAUUCCUUUGGACACGGAUUCCUAUUGAGGGACUAGAUAUCUCCUUUGUAGAGGCGUUUUCUGUCGGAGCCACGCUCUCAGCUACUGAUCCUGUCACCAUUCUUGCGAUAUUCAACGUCUACAAAGUUGAGCCGAAGUUGUACACGGUUAUAUUCGGAGAAUCCAUUCUUAACGAUGCUAUUGCUAUUGUUUUGUUCGAGACAGCCCAGAGAUACAAGCCAGGCAGCGCAGCAGGAUCGCUUACAGUUCUCAGUUUAUUUGAAGCCAUUGGAAUUUUCUUAAUCGUUUUCUUUGGAAGUCUCCUUAUUGGAGUGAUCGUUGGAAUAGGCACUGCGUUGGGACUCAAGUAUACCCAUGUGCGCCGAGAUCCCAAGAUUGAAAGUUGCCUCAUUCUUUUGAUUGCUUAUGCCUGCUACUUUUUCUCGACUGGAAUCCACAUGUCUGGUAUCGUGUCGUUAUUGUUUUGUGGGAUGACCUUGAAACACUACGCUUACUACAACAUGUCUCGUCGAACCCAACUUACGACAAAAUACAUAUUCCAGACCAUGGCACAGCUCUCUGAGAAUUUUAUAUUCAUCUACCUAGGCUUGGACCUGUUCACGGAUGAGAACUUGCAGUUCAAACCCCUCUUCAUUAUGGUGUCUGUUGUGGGAAUAUGUGUUGCCAGAUACCUGUCUGUAUUCCCAUUAUCUAAGGCCAUAAACUGGGUCAUUCGAUACAGAGCUGCAAAUCGGGGCAGAGAUGUCGCUGACGAACUACCUUACCCUUACCAAGCCAUGCUUUUCUGGGCAGGCUUACGAGGGGCAGUUGGGGUUGCAUUGGCUGCUGGGUUGGAGGGAACAAAUGCUCCAGCUUUGCGUGCAACUGUUCUAGUUGUUGUUGUCUUGACUGUCAUUAUAUUCGGAGGUACUACCGCCCGAAUGCUUGAAAUUCUGGAUAUUCGAACUGGAGUCGUUGAGGAAAUUGAUUCCGACGAUGAAUUUGACAUCGAAGUAACGAAUGGUGGCACAUACUAUAAGCGAUCAGGAACUGGAAUGGGCCACACACCACGCAGAAGCGAUUUCCAGCUGGACUCCGUGGCAAGAGAACAUGAGAUCAAUAGGGCCGGCCAUGGCUUCUCAAGCGGUAGCAAUGGGCGGCUAACCCCGCAGGCUCCUGAAGGUCCUGGUAGUCUCUCAAGAAAGAAAUCCUCAUAUUCUAGAAAAGAUCGUGCUAGAUCUCGAGAUGGAGCUUCAGCUCAAGAACUGCUUGGGAGUAGAAGCGGGAGCCACAGUGGUAGCAGUAUUGAUAUUGAUAUGAGCCAUGACAGAAGCCGUGCUGGACGAAACGCCAGAGGAACCGGUGAUAUGGGUAUGAAUAUCGAAGAUUUCGACCUUGAAGUUGACGCCGCGUUCUCUGACGAUGAUUUGCCUCCCGCAGCCUCGCAGGCUCAACGUCGCACUCAAUCCCAACCCCGAUCAAUAUCGGCUCAUAACUCCGGCGAUGGACCAUUCGCCAACACCGCUCAAGCAGAACCAUCGUCUUCAUCUCGACCUAUCGCAGCUGCCACUGAUGCAUUCCGUGAUUUGCUGAGUGGCAACCGUGACCAUGCUACGUGGUUUAAACACCUUGACGAUGAAUACAUCAAGCCAAAGCUGCUUCUCGACCAAGGGUCUGGUUCUGGAUCCCCAUCUGGAUCUGGGCGUAAAGGACCUGAUGCUGUAUGA